CGAAACCAAUAUGGCGACGAAGUAUUGACCAUACAGAACGCGUGUGUAAAUUAGAUCAAAAGUAACAUAAUUAGACCUCUGGAACUCGGAUUUGAGCUUCAGCAGUUCUUUUACUUACUCGUCAACACUUGACUUUAUUGAUGAACUAAAAAUUCUCGCACGUGUCAUGGGGGAAGUCUUGAAAAAUCUGGUGCGGGUCUUGUGAGGUAACAGGAGGUAAGCUUAUGUUUAAGUAGCUUAAGUUAAACUUAAGUUUAAAUUUAAGACUAUGGUAAAGGAUUAAGUUUAUGGCUUAAAUCAUCAAGUAAAUCCAGCAGAUCUGGUACAAAUUAAGGUGAAACAUGAAAUUUGGCAGGUACAGAAUACACGUCAUGGUCACAAGUGCAGGUCAAUCUCACACACGACUUCCGAAAUAUCAGGAAACCUCAAGUUGCUUUUCUCUUUGCUGUUUUGUUAUUUAUGUCUAUAUUUUUGUCUUGGAUAAAACAGCAGGAUUUGUCUGUCAUCAUUUUAUUUGAAAAGGUACUACACAGUGAACCUCAGCACGAUUUAUAGCUAGAAUAUGCGGGGGAGGGGGGGGGGGAGUCACAUUCACAAAAUGUAACAUUUAUGGGGGGCAAGAGAGAAUGAGUUGGGGUCAUUUCUAAAAAGCUAGGAUGAAUUUGGUGGGGGGGAGCUUUAAAAUAAUCUCAGCUUUCUCAAAAUAGCUACCCCCCCCCCUUCACAUCAAAUGAACGACCAGCCCUCAGAUAGAAGGAUAGAUAGGAUAACUUUAUUUAUACAGUCAUUUGACAAUCAUUCGACAUCACAUUGAAUUAUUUGCGUAUGCAUCAAACGACUUGUAAAUGUUUGGAUGACUUCUUACUUUACUCAAACCAUCUCGAACAGAGAAGCCGACCAUUCGUUAUCAAGCUCAAUCAUUUUGCACAUGGUAUAUGAAUGGAUUAUAAUUUAAACAAACCCAUAACGAGCCGCACCGUCUUAGCAACCAAAAAAAUUUUGUUUAUCAAGCUGAGAUAGGGGACUAAAAGUCCCCUAUCUCAGCUGGAUACUCAGAAGCUUGUAACAUUCACUAUUCCAUUUAUCUCUGAUCAUAUUUCGCAUCUAAUACGAUAGAGGCGUCAAUUUUCGCGCCAUCAUGUCAUCAUUCUAGGGCGAGAAAUUUAAUUAAAGCGCGGCAUUCAACAAAUGUACGUCUCAAGUUUCGGCUAAAAUUAUUCAGUGCCGUCAAAGAAAAAAACAUAUUAUUAAGGUCUGCGUAUAAAGUCGAUCACAUUGCUAACACAGACAAAAACGCUUAAAUAUCUCCUACAAAAUGAACGGCUGAGUUUGUUUUUUCUAAGGGUCAAACUGCUACUAUAUAUCCCAGAAGCGCUCAGGCAUAAUAAUAUGCCAGGACUUCUACCUGGAUGAACCAGAAAGGAUAUAGAACAACUACCUAUUUUUUUUCUUUUUACGGCUACGGGUCGAAAUGCUAAACGUGUUAUAUAUCCUAGAAGCGCUCAGGCAUAAUAAUAUGCCAGGACUUCUACCUGGAUGAACCAGAAAGGAUAUAGAACAACUGCCUAAUUUUUUUUUUACGUUUACGGGUUGAAAUGCUAAACGUGUUAUAUAUCCUAGAAGCGCUCAGGCAUAAUAAUAACAUGCCAGGACUUCUACCUGGAUGAACCAGAAAGGAUAUAGAACAACUGCCUAAAUUUUUUUUUACGGCUACGGGUUGAAAUGCUAAACGUGUUAUAUAUCCUAGAAGCGCUCAGGCAUAAUGAUAUCAUGCCAGGACUUCUACCUGGAUGAACCAGAAAGGAUAUAGAACAACUGCCUAAAUUUUUUUUACGGCUACGGGUCGAAAUGCUAAACGUGUUAUAUAUCCUAGAAGCGCUCAGGCAUAAUGAUAUCAUGCCAGGACUUCUACCUGGAUGAACCAGAAAGGAUAUAGAACAACUGCCUAAAUUUUUUUUUACGGCUACGGGUUGAAUUCUAAACGUGUUAUAUAUCCUAGAAGCGCUCAGGCAUAAUGAUAUCAUGCCAGGACUUCUACCUGGAUGAACCAGAAAGGAUAUAGAAAAACUGCCUAAAUUUUUUUUUACGGCUACGGGUCGAAAUGCUAAACGUGUUAUAUAUCCUAGAAGCGCUCAGGCAUAAUGAUAUCAUGCCAGGACUUCUACCUGGAUGAACCAGAAAGGAUAUAGAACAACUGCCUAAAUUUUUUUUUACGGCUAUGGGUCGAAAUGCUAAACGUGUUAUAUAUCCUAGAAGCGCUCAGGCAUAAUGAUAUCAUGCCAGGACUUCUACCUGGAUGAACCAGAAAGGAUAUAGAACAACUGCCUAAAUUUUUUUUUACGGCUACGGGUCGAAAUGCUAAACGUGUUAUAUAUCCUAGAAGCGCUCAGGCAUAAUGAUAUCAUGCCAGGACUUCUACCUGGAUGAACCAGAAAGGAUAUAGAACAACUACCUAAUUGUUUUUUACGGCUACGGGUUGAAAUGCUAAACGUGUUAUAUA